CAGCUCCCCCCACUCUCAUUUACAUGUUGCUGCCCCCACAACUGUGCCUUCACUGUUCCUCAGUGUCACGGCCACUCCCUCCAUCUGCCUGGUGUCCCCGGGGACCACCCCCAGAGCAAAGCACCCACGGAGUGAGCAUCAAAUACCUGGUGGACUUGGCUGAGGUCAGUCGUGCACAGGAUUCUGGAUGACCAGCAUUUCAGGGAUGACCCUCCGGCACCCCAGGGUCUGCGAUAGCUGCAAGGGCUGCCUACCUAACUGUGCUGGACCCAGUAUCACAAGGACCUUUGUCCUCUUAGCAGGGCUCUGGGCUUCCUUCCCUGGAGUGCUGGUGGCAGACCCAGCUCUGCUGCGACUAGCAAAUGGCUCCAGCCGCUGUGCAGGGCGGGUAGAGGUGUUCAUCAAGCAGCUGUGGGGCACGGUGUGCAAUGACGGCUGGGAUCUCCUGGAUGCUGCUGUGGUGUGCCGGCAGCUGGGUUGUGGCAUGGCCCUGCUGGCCUCAAGCUCAGCUCAGUCUGGGCAAAGAUCCAAUCCUUUUAGACUCAGUUCAGUGCACUGUUCAGGGACAGAGGGGUCCCUGAUGGAGUGCAGCGCCCUGCAAGUCAAUGACUGCCACCACAGGGAAGAUGCCGACGUGAAGUGUGCAGAGCCGCCCCAACUACGACUGGUGAACGGGUCGGGUCCAUGCGCUGGGAGAGUGGAGGUGCUGCACAAUGAGCAGUGGGGGACGGUGUGCGAUGAUGGCUGGGACCUGCCAGAUGCGGAGGUGGUCUGCUGGCAGCUGGGCUGUGGGGCUGCAACCUCAGCCAAUGGCUCAGCGGAGUUUGGGAGAGGAUCUGGCUCCAUCUGGCUGACCGAGGUGCAAUGCCAAGGGACAGAGGCUACCCUGGCUGCAUGCAGGGCCAAGCCAUGGGGAGUCCAUCACUGCAGCCACCGAAAGGAUGCCAGCGUGGUGUGUGCAGAGCCGAGUGAGGUGCGGCUGGUGAACGGCUCCGGGCGCUGCUCGGGACGGGUGGAGGUGCUGCACGACCAGCGCUGGGGCAGCGUCUGCGACGAUGGCUGGGACCUGCUGGACGCGGAGGUGGUGUGCCGGGAGCUGGGCUGCGGGGCGGGGCUGUCUGGCCCCGGCUGGGUGGAGGUGCUGCACGACCAGCGCUGGGGCAGCGUCUGUGACAACGACUGGGACCUGCUGGAUGCGGAGGUGGUGUGCUGGUACCUGGGCUGCGGGGCGGCGCUGUCUGCCCCCGGCUCGGCUCGCUUUGGGCAGGGAUAUGGUCCCUUCUGGCUGGACAGAGUUCACUGCACAGGGAGGGAAGCUGCCCUCUCCGAAUGCCGUGCCGAGCCUUGGGGAGCUCAUAACUGCAGCCACGGGGAGGAAGCCAGCGUUGUGUGUGCAGAGCCACCUGCCCUCCGGCUGGUGAAUGGCUCCAGUCCCUGCACAGGCAGAGUCGAGGUGCUGCACAACCAGACAUGGGGCAAUGUAUGUGCUGAGGGCUGGGACAUGCAGGAUGCUGAAGUGCUGUGCCGGGAGCUGGGCUGUGGGCUGGCUCUCUCAGCUCCCAAAGUAUCCCACUUUUGGCGAGGACUGCUCUGGCUGGAGGGUGUGAACUGCUCUGGGAUGGAAGACACCCUCUCUGAGUGCCCAGCUGGUUCCUGGGGAUCCCACGCCUGUGCCCACAGGGAAAAUGCCGCUGUGGUCUGCUCAGAACUCCAGCUGGUGAAUGGCUCCAGUCCCUGCAUGGGGAGAGUCGAGGUGCUGCACAACCAGACAUGGGGCAGCAUGUGUGCUGAGGGCUGGGAUGUGCAGGACGCAGAAGUGCUGUGCCGGGAGUUGGGCUGUGGGCUGGCACUCUCAGCUCCCAGCAAGGCUCACUUUGGACAAGGACAGGGUCCCAUCUGGCUGGUGAACAUGAGUUGCUUGGGGACAGAAGCCACACUCUCUGAGUGUCCGGGCACACCAUGGGGAGUUCAGCCAUGCCAUCACAGAGAAGAUGUCAGCGUUGAGUGCUCAGACCCAACUGAGCUCCGGCUGGUGAACGGCUCCAGUCCCUGUAUGGGGAGGGUCGAGGUGCUGCAUGAGCGGCGGUGGGGCAGUGUGUGUGACCACGGCUGGGGCAUGGAGGAGGCAGAGGUGGUGUGCAGGCAGCUGGGCUGUGGCCCAGCCAUCUCGGCCCCUGGGCAGGCACAGUUUGGGCAAGGUCACGACCCCAUCUGGAUGGACGAGUUGGACUGCACUGGAACAGAAGAUGUGCUCUCCAAGUGCGCAGCCAAGCCAUGGGGGAGCCAUGGAUGUACCCACAGGGAAGAUGCCAGUGUGGUAUGCUCAGAGGCCCCCACCAUCCGGCUGGUGAAUGGUUCGAGCCGCUGCGUGGGGCGAGUAGAGGUGCUGCAUGCCCAGCGGUGGGGAACUGUGUGUGAUGAUGACUGGAAGCUGGUGUAUGCCGACGUGGUGUGCCGGCAGCUGGGCUGUGGGGCAGCCGUCUCAGCCCUGGGGUCAGCAGCAUUUGGCCCAGGGGCUGACCCCAUCUGGCUGGAUGAUGUCAAGUGCACCGGGAGGGAGGCUGCCCUCUCUGAGUGCAGGACCAAGGAAUGGGGAGAGCACAACUGUGACCAUGGGGAGGACGCCGGCGUGGUGUGCACAGGUACAGCCAUGUCCAGCUACAUCAUCCCUCUGUCAGUGCCUCUGCUGCUGGGGCUGGUGGUAUCGCUGACUCUGGUGCUGCUGAGUGGGGCUGUCCUCUUCCUGAAAUGGAGGAGAAAGAGGUACAAAGUCCUCCACCACCCAGGCAACGAGGUGGAGCUGAACUCCCAAGGGACACAAUGGAUCCAGGGAGGUGAGCACCACACAGCCAAGGCAGAGGCCACAGAGGAGCCUCCAAAUGAAGCCACCCAGGAAGCCAAGGGAAUUACACUGCUCCAGGAUAAGCCCCAGGGAGGACGGGAGGACAACUGCAGCUUCCUCCCUGAUAUCACCUCAUGAGGCAGCACCUUGGUGCAAGGUCCUCUCCCUCCAUCCUUGCCCCUGGGGACAACAUGUGCAGAGAAGGACUUCAAAUCCCAGAUGCCUUUAAUA